CCCAAAAAAAAAAAAAAAACCCAAAAUGGCUCCUCCACUUCACUCUUCAUCAUCUUCUUCUUCUCCUCUGAUAAUCCUCAAAACCAUAUUCAUUAUCCUUCUUCAAUCACCUAAACGGACAAGAUCCCAAUCAAGCCUCUGUAGAAACUCUUGUGGAAAUAUUCCCAUAAACUACCCAUUUGGGAUCGACGACGGUUGUGGAAGCCCUUAUUACAGACACAUGCUGGUUUGUUCCGACAACGCCAAACUCGAACUGAGAACUCCAUCUGGAAGAUACCCAGUUAAAUCCAUAAGCUACUCUGAUCCUCACAUCCUUGUCUCAGACCCUUUCAUGUGGAGUUGCGACGACAGAGAGAAUUUUCGACCCACCAGAUCUUUCAGUGUCGAUUCAAGCACUCACUUCACACUGUCUUCUCAGAAUGAUUACCUCUUCUUCAACUGCAGUCAAGACAGAGUUAUCGUCGAGCCGAAACCGCUGUUUUGCGAGAGGUUUCCGAGCAGAUGCGACUCUUCCUGCGACAGUUCCAGCUAUCUCUGUCGCCAUUUGCCUGAGUGCGGAUCCCUGUUGAGCUCUAGGGUUUCUUGCUGUUCUUAUUACCCGACAUCGAGCGAGUCUCUUAGGUUGAUGCUUAGAUACUGUGCCACGUAUACAAGCGUGUACUGGAGGAGUGUCGGAGCGAGCAAUGCUGCUUACGAUCAGGUUCCCGAGUACGGAAUCAGGGUUGAUUUCGAGAUUCCGGUGACUACGAGGUGCCUUCUUUGUCAAGAAACCACCAAAGGCAGUGGCGUUUGCGGGUUUGACACAACAACACAGAGUUUCUUGUGCCUUUGUAAGCAAGGCAACGUCACUACUUACUGUAAAGAUCCUAGCCUCUUGAAGCACAAGAACGUAGGAGCAAUAGCAGGAACAGUGACGGCGGUGUCGGCUGCCGGAGUGAUUGGCAUCGGCGGAGGAAUGUUUUGGUACGUGAAGAAAGUGAGAGCCAAAGCGCCGGUUACUUGUGGAGUUCAGAGCAACGAGAACAGGCUUUUUUAAAUAAAUUAAAGCCCUAAUAUUCUAAUGACAAUUAUGCAAAGAAGAGGUUUAUAUUCUUUUUGUUUCUUUUUAUAACUUUAUUUUCUCUCUCUGGCUUUUAAAGUUUUGUCGGAUUUCUUGGAUUUCGAUCUUUGAGUUUUGUAUAAUGCAAGUUUUUUU